AUGGAUCUUUUUAAAAUAUCGGUUGAAUCAACAAGUUAUAACUCGAUAACUUUUUUUCUAUCUUUCAGUGAACCCGACGAAGAGGAACAAAUCGAAUUGCGUGAUAAAGGCUAUAGUUUUAUACGACCCAUUCUGGAAGAGCUAAUAAAAACCGAGGAGUCAUAUGUGGAAAACCUAUGGAUUGGCAUUAACAACUAUGGCAAUAUAUUUCAACGUAGCGAUUUACCCAUAGGUUUAAGAGGAAAAAAACAUGUGCUCUUCGGUAAUGUAGAACAGAUAGCCGAAUUUCAUCGUGAUGAGUUUCUACCCAUGUUACAGCGCAAUAGACAUGAUUUAAAGAGAAUAUUCGAUGAGUUUCAACAGUAUAUUGAUAGUAACUGCUUUUAUGGUUAUGUUUUAUUUACCAUGAACAAACAGAGAUCAUUGAAAUUAUGUGAUAUGUAUAAAAAUUAUUUUAAGCUUUUACAAACUGAAAUCGAUGACAAGUUGGGUAUUAAUAGCUUUUUGGUGCAACCUAUACAACGUAUGGCCCGUUAUCCAUUAUUGUUGCAACAGUUUAUAACGACCCUUUUCAAAAAUCGAGAUUAUGUUAUGAAACCCAUUAUUGAAUCCUGUUGUCGUUUGGAGAAAAAGUUAAGAAAUCUUCUGACCACCACUAAUGAAUCGGAGAUAAUUAAUGAUAUUGUGUGUCCAAGUGAACCCAAUGAGUUCAAUGUCCUCUAUCAGGGAAAAUUCCGCAAAGUUAGUGAAUUUCAUGUCUACGAUCAUACCCAUAAGCGUAGCUAUCGCUCUAAGGUGUUUAUGUUCGAUAAAUGUAUAAUCUAUACUGAAAUCAAGGGUAAACAAUUGAUAUUUCAUGGUCGUUAUCCUUGUGAACAUAUUGGCAUAACAUCGAAAACAAAACAAUUCACUUUAUACUAUGAUCAUCGCAAACAACAGGAAUGUGAUUUUAUAGCUGAUCCGCCCUUAAUCGAAUUAUGGUUGGAACUAAUACGUGACAUGAUAAGUGCUUAUGCGGCCGAGGAACGUAGAAAAAUGAAAGAAUUACAUUCGCAUGAAUUUAAUGGUGAUCAUAUGCAUCGUAAACCUGCCAAUUUAUCAUUGUUUCGUGAUUCGAAUCGUUUUAGUAGUGAUAGUGGUAUAGGCAAUAUAUGGGUUGUACCUAAACCGGAACAGGAAGAAGCCACCAAUAAUCGCACCACUUGGUAUGCUGUAUCAUAGGCAUUAUAGCGAAUAAGGCAGCUGAAGCGAAAGAAAAACAAUUUUAAAUAGUGAUCGGUGAAAGGAACCGAUGAUUCUGCUUUAAGCUUUUCUAAAAGACAAUUCGUUGAUAUUUGUAAAUGAUCGAUUGUUUUCUGUUUACAAGUACCGAUCAUCCAUUUUAAAUGUUAUAU